AUGGCGCAGAGUCUGGAAUCCCGACCAACAGUCGAGGAUUUUCGCGAUGACAGUCCGUGGGUAAAGGUGGCUAAGACCCACUGGCUGGAUAAGAAAGUCGGCAAGGUCAAACCCAAUGUUGUGAAACAAGAAUUAUGGGAUCCUCUAGAGGCAGCGGGCUUCAACACUAGCUCACUUUUGACACUGGAGAACCUCAACAUCCUGGAGAAGUACGAUGCCGCAUUGGUGAUUCUCACUACCCCCGCAGGGCUAACACGAUUACUUUGCAGGUUCCUUUGGCCGACCUACACCGAGGACGCUUCGAACCAUCACGUUCUUCUAAUCGCUGUAAUCGUCAGUGUCAAAUACCGCGAACAUGUUCCAAUAUGGGGUGAGACCAAGAAAGGGUUUACAAAUUCAAGUUCGUUACUGAUGCUUAAACCAGACAUAUUCUCUGAUCGCGGAGAGGAUUUCUCGGGCCUUUUCCAUCGAAUUCUUUCUAUGAGCAUCGAUUCUACUCUGCCAACUCACUCGCGCAUGUCCAUCAUAUCGUUUGUCAUCGCUGCUUUUCAAUCGCUUGAGAACACCCUGAUCCGAAAGGAAUGUGCCCCGCUCGUUUCCAUCACAAUCUGGCAAAACCUAGCCAGCGAAGAGGCCAGAGAACAUGUCGUUGCAAAAUCGCCUAUUCUUAAGAAGGCAUGGCGGGCUGCGACGAAGAGACACGAUGCAGGAGAUGACACCGCGAAAGCAAAGAUUCGAUUUGAACGGGCUUGGCUAUACGCUAUGCUACUAGACUUCCUGCAGAAAUUGAACAGCGCAGAUAAAGAGCAGUCUGCAAAUCUCUUGUAUUGCGAACGGUUCUUGGAGCUGCUGAUUGAUCUCUUGAGCCAACUUCCUACCAGACGUUAUGUCAAUACGCUGUUGAAAGAUCUCAAUGUCAUACCGAUCAUACGCCUCUCGAAAUUGUUUAAUGCGCCAGAAAAUGCUUUGUUUCACGAUCUCCACAGGCUUUUAAAGCACUUCGUCUACUUUUCCAUCGAUGAUUAUUCAGGAGAAGCUCUCUCUCCGCAGGCGGUCUAUGAUCUGCACAAUCAGGAACUAGCGCGGCUACAGAGAGUCUCAAUGAAGGGUUUUAAAGAUAAGCUCAUGAUUCUAGCGCUCUCUAAUCUUGGCUUGAUUGAAAAGCGGUCGGAACUAGAAGGACAGCUAUCCUCGUUGGACGAGUCGGAACUUCAGAGCCUGUGCUCCAGCCUCGGAUUCCGAACAAGUUACCCUAAAUCAGCAAGCAUCAACCCAGACCGCCGACUAUAUCUUGAAGUUCUUUUGUCAUUCUACGAGCGCAAGCAAACUUUCCAAGACGUUACGGCUCAACUGAGCAUUGUCCCCACCGAAGCCAGCCUCUAUGAACCAGCUCUUUUAAGAAGUGAGACAUACGAUGGAUCAAGGCCUCUAGCUAUCCCGAAACUGAACUUGCAGUACCUGAGUGUUGGAGAUUUCCUUUGGCGCUCUUUCCAGCUGUAUCGAUCCGAGGCUUUCUUCCAAAUUCGCAAAGAUAUGGAGGCGGUCAUCAAGCGUAUGCAGCCGCGGGUAGCCCGCGACGGAAGCUUGAAGUUCGAGGGCUUUUCGCGAAUGGCAAUUCCCAUUUCUAAGCCUGCAAUAAUCGAAGUCGCACCUGCAAAGGUUGGUUCUAUGAAUCCUGCAUUUGUCCGUGCAGAGAUUUCCAUCGAAGUAGGACGCCUCGCAGAUCAUAUCCGAAAGGAAUGGGAAGCACUGCGUCCCGACGAUGUUGUAUACCUGAUGGCUGUGGAGUCUGUUUCUCCAGCGCAGCUAGGUGAUCUUGAUAACGACACAUCAGAUGGGCCCCGCAUGACCCAUCUUCGAACGGCCGAGAUAGUGCAAGUGCUUGAUGAAAAAGGGCGCUCGCUGCGGCAGUCCGCUCCUGGUCAAUCGAAUGGAUACCACCCUCGUCCACGGGUUCUGAAACUUCUUGUUAACUUGGAUGCUGCAGCUUACAAGGCAGACGUGAAUCAGCAAGCGCUAGGAAAACCAGAGGUCUACCCUCUCAUCAACAUUGUUGCGCGGAGAAAGGGAAGAGAGAACAACUUCAAGUCAAUUCUGGAGACUAUUCAGAAACUCAUCGUUUCGGAUAUAGUACUCCCAUCCUGGCUUCAGGACAUAUUCCUAGGGUACGGCGACCCAGCAGGUGCCCAAUACACCCAACUACCCAAUCGCCUUGCCUCUGUUGACUUCCGGGAUACCUUUUUGGACUGGACUCACAUGGUGGAAAGCUUCCCCGGGAAGAAUAUCGAGCCUUCCGGAUCUGAGACAUCAAGUUUUGGCCCUCCGUAUGUGCUUGAGACUGUUGAAAACGGCCCAAGUGAGGCUCCUGCAGCUUCCCAGAAAAAGCGUCGACGAGAGGAGAAAUCAGAGAAGACUCCUAGCACCUUACGCGUCUCGAGCUACAAGCCGCCUAACCCUGGUCCUUAUCCCGUUGACGCACGCAAAUACAACACAGUGUGUUUUACUCCUACCCAAGUGGAAGCAAUUGCAUCUGGUACUCAGCCAGGACUCACUGUUAUUGUGGGUCCACCUGGAACUGGAAAGACGGAUGUUGCGACACAAAUUAUCAACAACAUCUAUCAUAACUUCCCCACCGAGCGCACCGUGAUCAUCGCACACAGCAACCAGGCCCUUAACCAAAUUUUCCAAAAGAUUAUUGCUCUCGAUAUCGACGAACGUCACCUUUUGCGAUUGGGCCGCGGCGAGGAUGAACUGGAGAGCGACUCAAACUACAGCAAGUAUGGCCGAGUCGAAUCUUUCCUUGACAACCGUAACAGCUACCUGUCUGAAGUCAUGCGGUUGGCAGCGUCAAUAAGAGCCGAAGGUGCUCAUGGAAACUCCUGCGAGACCGCUGGCUAUUUCAACACAGUGUAUGUUCAGCCCUCAUGGGCCAAAUUUUGGGACCGCGCCAACUCCGAAAAAACCUCGACCGAGGAUAUAAUCGCCGCAUUCCCAUUCCCCUUAUUCUUCUCCAACGCCCCGCAGCCUUUAUUCGAUGUCAAAGCUUCAAAGGAGGCGGUGCUGGACGUCGCUGCAGGUUGCCAAAGACACAUUGAUCGAAUCUUUUCCGAGCUAGAAGAUAUCCGACCCUUUGAAAUCCUACGAAGCCCGCGUGACAAGGCCAAUUAUCUCCUCAUAAAGGAGGCCCGAGUAAUUGCAAUGACUUCGACCCACGCAGCGAUGCGUCAACGAGAAAUCGCAGAUUUGGGCUUCCAUUACGAUAAUGUAGUCGUGGAAGAAGCAGCGCAGAUCACUGAAAUUGAAAGCUUUAUCCCGACCGCUCUUCAAAAAAUGAAGAAUAACGAACUUCCUCUCAAACGCCUCGUUCUCUGCGGCGAUCAUUUCCAGAACUCUCCCAUCAUCCAAAACCUCGCUUUCCGCCAAUAUGCGCACCUCGAACAGAGUCUCUUCCUACGCAUGGCACGGUUGGGUGUGCCUUUCAUCACUCUUGAUAAGCAAGGCAGAUCCAGGCCAAGCAUUGCAGACCUUUUCCGGUGGCGGUACAAAGAGCUGGGAGACUUGCCGUCUGUCAAUGCGGCCAACUUUAAGCAAGCCAAUGCCGGUUUCCAAUAUGAUUAUCAGUUCAUCAAUGUCCCUGACUACCAGGAAGUUGGCGAGCGAGAGCCCACGCCUCACUUUAUCCAGAAUUUGGGAGAAGCUGAAUAUGCCGUGGCAUUGUAUCAGUACAUGCGACUACUGGGCUAUCCAGCUUCUAAGAUCACAAUCCUUUCCACCUAUGCGGGGCAAACGGCUUUGAUUCGGGAUGUCUUGGGCCACCGAUGUGGCAAGAACGCUCUGUUUGGAAUGCCCAAAAUUGUCACCACUGUCGAUAGAUAUCAAGGAGAGCAGAAUGACUACGUUAUCCUUUCCUUGACUCGCACUCGCUCCGUAGGCUACCUGCGAGAUGUUCGCCGUCUGACUGUUGCCCUCUCCCGCGCUCGUCUUGGACUGUACAUUCUCGGUCGCCGAGAGGUAUUUGAAUCCUGCUACGAACUGCAGCCAGCCUUUGGCCUUCUCCUGCAGCGUCCAGAUAAGCUGAUGCUUGCACCGGGUGAAAUAUUCCCAACCACACGAGCGCUGGACGCUGAUUUUGAGGGUACACCUAUGGAGGGAUUGGAGCAUCUCGGUCAGUAUGUGUUUGAAAUGACCGAAGCCAAGGUGAAGUCUAUGGGAGAUGGAGCAAUGGUUCUUGACAAUGCGGCACCAAAUGGUGAGGAUAGUGGCAUCGAUGACGAUGAGGUGAUGGAGGGUGCUGAAGAAGAUAUUGUAUGA